AUGCGCUGUAUAGCUGCAAGUCCGCAUGAAAUCAAUGCCAGACCUGACAUCUGCAUCCUGGAGGAAGCCCCAGGCUCACUUGUCUGGGCAGCAGCAGAUCCAGUACUUGUUGAGGCGCUUUGCGUAUUCGAGGUGGACGUUUGCAUUCCGGACGAAGCAGAUGAUGUGGUGCUGUCGCUACUCGUGCUGCUGAUACUGUCGGUGCUAUCGAUGGUACUGGUGCUGCUGGUGCUCUCCUCUGAGCUGGAUGUCGACUCGGUCGUCGUCUCCCUGGUAGAUGUGGAAUCCGAGGCCGAUGUCAAAGACGCCGAUCCCGUGGAUGCAGUUGGCCUCGCCAAUAAGCUUGAUGCGGACGCAAGCGUCGAGCUUGAGCCCUUUGCGCAAUACCCAUACUUGCCAUUGUUCAUGCAAGUUUCUCCCUGCUCACAGUAG